UGCAUCCAGACGCCACCGGCGAGAUGCGCUGGCCUCAAGUGCAGCCCUGGACAGACAGGAACCACUUUGAUUGCCCGUCUGUGUCGGGCCAUGCGACGCAUCGCGACGACGGUCGCCGCCUUGGCCGCCGUGGUCCUGUCGGCUGCACCGUUUCCAGAACACACGAUGGUGCACAUUGUGUUUAGCACAAGCUGCGCGCAGGAGUCCCGACGUCUCCACUCGGCGGCGCUGCAGCUUUCUGCCGUUCGCGUCGGCCACCAAGGCCCGAUCACGGAAAUCAUCUCAGGGUGUUCGGACGCGGACGCUGCCGUCGUGCGAUCCCAGCCGACGUUUUACCCCGAUUUCCACGUCCACUUCACACCGAGCUACGAGCCAACUCCCGUCGAAGGCAUCUACGAUCCCGGCUACACGCCGUACAACAAACCGUUCGGGCUGCGGCAUUUUCUCCAACACGCGACCGGUGGCGCCGCUGUCAAGGACAACCGCCCGAUCGCACUCCUCGACGGCGACUUCUUGCUCUUGCAGCCACUCCAGGUCAAUCUUGGCCGGAAUUUGUCCAAGUAUUACAUCGGAGACCGCACGGACGCCAUCACGGACGACGUGCGCGACGGCGUAGCGAUCGCUCAGGACUGGCGGGCCUACUUGGGCUCUGGGUGGUUCGCUCAGGACGAGCGCAAGAUGAGGGAGAAGUCGGUGCUGUGCCAGAACCAGCCAUGCAUGAACGUCACGGCGGCCGAGGCGCUGCGGUACUACACGCCAACGGGGCCGCCAUACAUUUUGACAAAGCACGACGCGGUCGCGUUCGUGGACGACUACUGCAACUUCACUGUCGAGGGCCGCAAGAUGUACAAGGACGCGUGGAUGGUCGAGAUGUAUGCGUACGGGGCGGCGGCGGCGAACCACGGGAUCAAACACACGAUCUUGACCAUGGCGGGAGUGACAGGGCCGGUGACGGUCGGCGAGUUCUGGUCCUUUCUUGACGCAGACCUGGCCAACCCGUGCAAGGAUCCGAUCGACUCGGUCUUCCCGACCGAGGUCCCGUGGACGUUCCACUUCUGCCACAGCUAUGGCGUGAACGAGCGAACGGCAGAAGGAGUCCACUUUACCAAACACAAGAUGCCCAAGGACAUUUUGAACUGCGACGGGAUGCUGCUUGCGCUGCCGGCGCACACGGUGUGGGACAAGGCCGAAAUGGUUGCGGACCUCACGUCCGACCAAGUCGCAAACGAACUGGACGCGCUGCUCGAGAAGAAGCGGCACAAAGUGUGGGCCGAGUGCACAUUGAUCAAGGAGCUCAACCACGCCAUCGUUCAGAUCAAAGAGCGAACUUGCCCCCACGGGUACAACUCCCAUCGAGACCUGGUCAUGCGUGGGAACGCUGGACUGUCGUCGGCCCUGCCGAGCGUUCCGACAGCUUGAUUUUGUCAUAUUUCCAUCUUCCCCUCGCAAUGUCGUUUUGUCGGAUUGGUACGGCACUCGCACCAAAGACCACGGCGAUUCCACGAGGCGAGUAGAAUGGCUCGCCAAGUAAUCUAAACUGCUAUGCAGCAAAGACGAUGUUGCCGG